UGUGAGCAUCUGUCAGUGAGUGACAGCACCCCCUGCUCCUGCCCCAUGGAAACACUGCAUCCCAGAGCCAGCCUGUGGCUGUUGGUGCUAGGUACUGUUGUCCUGCUGGGCCUGGGCACCCAGCCAGUCUGGGGCAUCGAGGACAACAGCCUGCUGCCCACGGACAUCAAUGAAGAAGCGCUGACUAAGUUCCUCAUACACGUCAAGAGGGGCAUGGGUGAUAUCCCUCAGUAUGCAGUGGCCACGCUGCUGCCCCGCGCAGCCUGCCAGCAACCAGCCAUCGCAGAACAGGAAGGUUUCACCAUCCAGGCCAGUCUGCGCGAUGUCCGGGCCAAGGGAAAACUGGAUCGAGACUUCUCCGUCAACCAGGACAACUUCAGGGUGGCCAUUUUGCAGAGGAACAAGUAUACGACCUCGCACGUGGAGGCUGUGCUGGUGGGCACCAUCAACAAACGUAACUCCAGGGAGAGUCUGGAAGGGUUCCUGGCCAACAACAGACAGAGGUAUCCACCCAACAACAGCUGCUUCAUCUUCUUCUCCCUGAUCUCGCCCUGCCUAGACUAUUGCCUGAACCCCAACAGCAGCACAUACAUCUUGUCAGACCUGAAGCAGAGCUUGCAAGGCUUCGAUCCCCGUUUCCAAGCCUUUGCUUUCAAGUAUGCUUACAAUGAGGAUAAAAACAAGGGCAAUACUCAGGUGUGGGAGGCCUGGCGCAGGAUCCCCAUGCCCCUGUUCCGCUGCUUCUUCUCUCCCCACUGCACAAGAUGCAUGGAGACCCCAGACAAUGUAUGCUUUACUGAAAUCUUGCCAUUUUCCUACGACAACUUUUUCGGCUAACCUCCCAUGGAGGAUGGAGGGGGGGGCACUCGCCAUGGCUCUGCCACACUCAGCUUCUCUUGCUUUGCUAGGCUCUUUGCCCUCCAAGGGGCGCUGCUUCUGCAGGAGGAGGGUACAACAUCCCCUCUUCCUUCACCAGAAUCCUGGGUCCACACCCACCCACCUGGGGCUGGAGUCAGUCUCUGCCCAGCCAGCAGGAGCCAGGGUUGUUAGGAUCUAGGAGGACCAGGCUCAGCUCCUCUUACCAUGGCCUGAUGGAGCUGGAUUCCCAGCCUGGGCAGCAGCGCCCCUCACGGUAAUGCUGGCACUUCCAUAGAGCUCCCCAACCUAAACCCCCAAAGCUAGGUUGGGGCAGUAGCCCCAGUCUACAACAGCAGAAACAGAGGAACAGAGGAGGGAAAGGACCCACUCAAAGUCACACAGAAGUCAGUGGCUGAGCCGGGGGGAAAAAACGAAACAGGAGUUUUGGCCCAUUCUCUAACUACAUUCUUGGAGUUUUGACUAGAACCCGCGUGUGCUGAUGCCCAGUCCCCCUCCCUCCACCCCUGCUAUAACUACUGAACCUGCUCCCCUCCCUGAGCUGGGGACAGAACCCAGGCAUCCUGGCUCCCUGCCCCCUGCUCUAAACACCAGACCCUGCUCCCCUCACAGAGCCAGGGAUGGAACCCAGGAGUCCCGACUUCCUAGCUGAAGUUCAGGGGGGUGGGCAGGGGAGGCAGUUCUGCAGUCGGUCAAGGGUGGAUCCUACUCCGCUGGCAUUUUUGCCUGGGUCUGGCUAUCGCUGUGACUGGCACCAAUAAAGCUUCCAAGCAUC